UUUAUGCCUCUUCGUUGACAUUUUUUGUUUAUAUACACUAUUUUUUUAAUAUGACUAAUAUGAUACUGCAUUAUCAUUAUUAGAUUUUACCUAUUUCUAUCAAUUCUUAAACAGCUUUUGACAUGAGACUAUACAAGUUUUUGAAUACAAAGAAAAGCUUGUAUUUUAUUGUUUCACUUUAUUGCAAAGUAUAUGCGUAGGCUGGGGAAGAAAUCUGCUUUACAAAUUAAAAAAAAUUAUGUAGAAGAUAUUUAUAUAGAUUUAUAGAGUUUGGUUUCUUGAAACAUGGACUUCAAUAACAAAUCGACAGAUCCGCCGUAUCAAAUUUAUUCGUGUGUUCUUUAGACGAGAUUAUGAAAACCUUCAAAAUGUCAAAAACCAGUACGGUGCCCGGAUUGGUUUAUCUGCCAGCGAGAGAGAAUAAAACUGCGGCUUAUUUUCUGGAGGCUAGAAGAAAAAUCGACGGUGCGGAGGGAUUGUGGAGGAUCGAAAAUAAACUCUACGAUCUAGAGGCUUUCGCGAAUUCGCAUCCGGGUGGUGCAGAAUGGAUUCGGCUCACAAAAGGAACCGACAUCACCGAGUUGUUCCAGACUCAUCACAUCACCGACAAGGCCGAGCGGCUACUGCCAAAAUUCUGCAUUCGUGAAGCCGCGACACAGCGCUCUGUGCCAUUGACCUUUUUGUCGGACGGCUUCUUUCGUACAUUCAAGAGACGCGCUUUCGAGGCUUUGAAGAGCGNNGAUUUUCAUCGCCCGGCAACGAUGACGAAUCUCAUCACCGACUCCUUGAUGGUCAUGACUUUCGCACUGAGUCUCGCGGCUGCUUCCGCCAAUUCUUACGCGAUUGUUGUUUUUGCUAGCAUUUUUCUGACAUGGACGGCCGUUGCUGCGCACAAUUACUUCCACAUGAGAGACAACUUUCGCAUGUACUACUUCGAUCUCAGUAUGUUAUCCUUGAAGAAUUGGCGUAUCUCGCACGUAAUGAGCCACCAUAUGUAUACUAAUACUUUAUGGGAUUAUGAGAUUUACGUGGUGGAACCGUUUCUUCAAUGGAUCCCUCGUAAGGAUAAAUCCUACUUUGCGGGUAUCAUAAGCAAGAUCACCAGUCCUAUCGUCUGGAUGUUAUUGUUUUUUACGGAAGGCUUCAAACGGUAAUAGUUAAUUUCACAUUUGUUCGUUGAAAUUAGAAAAA